UUUCACUCAUCAGCAUAAGCUGUACGCCUCUCUCUCUCAUCCAAAUCUUCUCUACCCGUUUUCUAGGGUUUUGCGUUUCUCGGUCUAUUACUUCCUGCCAGUCCAGAUUUCAAGCUUCCCAGGAUUGUUUGUGUUGAAGUGUGCCAAAAAUUGCUCAUGUGCUUUGUUUAUUUGAAGACUUGGGAGUCGUUGCCACUGAAAUGGGAUGGGUUAUCUUCUCUGGGUUGUUUUCUUCUUGAGGCUUAACUGAGCUCAGUGACUGAGAUUGGUUUAAGAGAGUUUACUCGGUCAACGAUGGAAUGCAACCAAAAAAUGGCUAUGAGGGCAAAGGAAUUGGCAGAGGAGAAAUUACGGGCUGAGGAUUUCAUUGGUGCCCGACGGCUCGCCAUGAAAGCUCAACGACUUUUUCCAGAACUAGAGAAAUUGAUGCAGUUGGUGGCUGUAAGCGAUGUUCACUGUGCUGCGCUGAAUAAGAUCGCUGGACUGGAGAACUGGUAUGCCAUUCUUCAGCUUAACCGAUUUGCCAACGAGGCUGCAAUCAAGAAGCAGUAUAGAAAGCUCGUGGUGCUUCUCCAUCCCGACAAGAACAAAUUCGCGGGUGCAGAGGGGGCUUUCAAGUUGAUUGGGGAAGCGUACAGAUUGCUCGCUGAUCAGACAAAACGCUUGGAGUAUGACAUCAAGUAUAGGGUUUUUUCACAGAUUAAUGCUUCAAUACAAAUGAACAGGAAGUCCGAUACCAACUCCGGCAGACAGUAUGAGCCUGCAAAUUCUGAUGUGAAACGAAAGCUGAUGAAUUUUGUGUUCUGGACACGUUGCGAGCAUUGUGGAUUUAAGUGGAAGAUUUUGAGAGAGCACAUGAACACUUCAAUGCAGUGUUUCAGUUGCCAAAGAACAUUUUUUGCUGUUGAGACCAGGUCUUAUGGUGUAUCACCAAGAUCAGCCCCUAGACAGUUUCCUAGACAAAAUGAGGUUCCAAAUCAAGGACCAGGCAAUGUGCCUCUAUGGAACAGUAGUGCAGAGCCUACAGGGGGGCGAUCAAGAAAUGCACCGGCCGAGAUGGGUACAAACCCAAAUGAGCCUGCAAAUUCUGAGCCGAUGAAUUUUGGGUUCUGGACGCAUUGCGAGCAUUGUGGAUUUAGGUGGAGGAUUUUGAGAGAGUACAUGAACACUUCAAUGAAGUGUUCUGGUUGCCAAAGAACAUCUUUUGCUGUUGAGACCGGGUCUUAUGGUGUAUCGCCAACAUCAGCCCCUAGACAGUUUCCUAAACAAAAUGAGGUUCCAAAUCAAGGGCCAGGCAAUGUGCCUCUGCGGAACAGUAGUGCAGAGCCUACAGGAGGGCGAUCGGGAAGUGCACCGGCCGAGAUGGAUACAAACCCGAAUGAGCCUGCAAAUUCUAAGCCGAUGAAAUUUGUGUUCUGGACAUGUUGCGGGCAUUGUGGAUUUAGGUGCAUGUUUUUGAGAGAGCACAUGAACACUUCAAUCCAGUGUUCCAGUUGCCAAAGAGCAUUUUUUGCUGUUGAGACCGGGCCUUAUGGUGUAUCGCCAAGAUCAGCCCCUGGAUGGUUUCCUGAGGCUCCAAAUCAAGGGCCAGGCAAUGUGCCUCUGCGGAACAGUAGUCCACAGCCUACAGGAGGGCGAUCGGGAAAUGCACCGACCGAGAUGGAUACGAACGCGAUGAAGGCAGAUCAGAAAGAUGAUACUGAAGUAAGGAAACCUGGGACAGAAAAGGGGAUUGCAAUUGGCGAUGCCAAAGUUAGUAAAGGCGAGGAUAGCAAGGGAUCUACGAUGAGUAAUGCCGAAGUACCAAAAGCUAAUGCAGUGAAACGGCAAUAUGAGGUUAGAGAGUCAGAGGGUGGUGAAGCAAAGCCUAAAUCUGAUGUAAUAAACCCUAAGGGUGAUAAGACAACGAUGGUAAAAAGAAAGGCGAGAAAGAUGAGAAAGAUUGUAGAGCUUAGUUUUGAGAUUGUCGGAUGUGACAAUGUCGGGUCUGUAGAGGCUGCAGAUGGAAAUAAGAAGAUGAGCUCUCUGAGGCAAAAGCGGAAGGUGUCUUAUGCAAAGGAUGGAGGCGACGGAAAUAUUCUAAGCCCUCCAACAAAAACAUUGAAACUGCAUAGAGGAUUCAAAGCUGAUGCUGAAGGUGCAUUUCCAUCAAGCAAAGUUGAGAAAAUCUAUAAUGUCUCCGAAGCUAAUAGUGAAAAUCCAAAAUCAGAGGAAUUCCCAGAUCCAGAUUUUAGUAAUUUUGACGAGAAAAAGGGCGGAUUCUCCGUCAGUCAAGUGUUGGCACUCAAAGAUUCUCUGGAUAGCAUGCCACAGUUCUAUGUUCAGGUCAAAAAAAUGUCCACUGCCCCGCUUAAGCUUCAGAUGACCCGCCUUGAGGCUCUACCAGUUACAGAAAACGAGAUUCGUAUUCCGGUUUCUUGUGGAAAGUUUAAGAGCGGGGUAACGGAAGAAACAGCUGAUUUCGGGACAUUUUCUCAUCACCUGCAUUGUCUCAAACAAGCCUCUCACCAUUUCAUAUACCCACAAAAGGGAGAAACCUGGGCUGUUUUCAGAGAUUGGGACAUCAGUUGGAAUACUGACCCAGCUAAGCAUAAAGAACCGUACCAGUAUGAAUUCGUCGAAGUGUGGACUAAUUUUAUGGAUAUAGCUGAUGAUGAUAAUGGUAUCUGUGGCAUCGGAGUGUACUAUCUCGAAAAAGUGGAAGGAUUUGUUUCGCUUUUUGGUCGGGCAAAACACCGUAAGGUUCUAGCAUGCAUCUUUGAGCCGAGGGAAAUGUGUAGGUUUUCUCACAAAGUCCCGUCGUUCAGAAUGACUGGAACAGAACGAGAAGGCGUCCCUCCCGGGUCAUUUGAGCUCGACCCUUCCGCUCUACCGAAAGAUAUCUUUGAGAUUGAUCCUCAUAAAGAUUAAUUCCGAGAGCGGUCGGAAUCUGGAUGGCAUGGCGGGUGAAAAGAGUGAUUGUUCUCAAAAGAGGCGUCGGGAAAUUGUAAGAGAGAAUGGUUCAAUUGCCAAAGUGCCACUGCACGUUUACAAACGGUUUAGUCAUGGAGUGAAGAAGAAUUCACCUCUGACAUCGAAGUAAAGCUGAAGUGCCUAAGUAAGUUAACUUCUCUUUAUUACCAGUGUCGUAGGAGCGGUUUUUGUGCUAACCUUUUUUUACUUAUUUAUGCAGACGGUUUAUUAACAUUUUGACCGUAGGACAAGACAAAAGAGGAUACUUAGGGGUGGUUAUUUUGGGUUUUGGUUCA